AUGACAUACUCCAAUGACUUCAGCAUGCUGGAUCCGAUUGACGAAGCCUUCGAACAAGGGCUUAGCCAAGUCGGACCUACUACGUUAUUGAGUAAUGCUGGACAAUCUAUGGCUGACCCGGGGAACGCAGCUGAGGAGGCAGUCAAUGUGCUUGCUGGAACUGGUAAUACCUUAAACGAAUCUCCAGGCGCUGCUCCUGCUCAAAAGAAUGCGCCGCAGUUACAAAGCACAGUAAAUGCAGCUGGGGGGGAAGUCGGGGCUCUAGUCGGAAUCAUAAGGAAGUAA